AUGAGCAUCACAAAUGAAGAAACUGCUGUGAAAACCAAGCCUAGAAGACGGUUUGUUGGUAUUAAGAAAACUGUUGGGGAAUCUACAGAGAAUAGCUCAGGGUCAGACUUAGUCAGGAAGUCAAGACCAAAAACUAAUAUUCGUCAUGCAAUCAACCAAAUUCCCGCUGAAAUUCUGGAAGAUGAGGACCUAAACUCUGCUAUCAAAUUGCUACCAUCUAACUACAAUUUUGAAAUACAUAAAACUGUAUGGAAUAUCAAGAAACACAAUGCCAAGCGUGUUGCAUUACAGAUGCCGGAAGGUUUACUAAUAUACUCUUUGGUAAUAAGUGAUAUUUUAGAACAGUUUUGCGAAUGUGAAAUUGUGGUUAUGGGAGAUGUUUCAUAUGGUGCGUGUUGUAUUGAUGACUACACGGCAAGGGCUUUAGGCUGUGAUUUCAUUGUACAUUAUGCACACUCAUGUUUGGUUCCAAUCGACAUCACUGCAAUCAAGGUACUUUAUAUAUUCGUUACAAUCAAUAUUGAUGAGACACAUUUGAUGAAGACGUUACAGAAGAAUUUCGAUAGGGGAUCACGUAUUGCGACUUUUGGUACGAUUCAAUUCAAUCCAACCAUUCACAGUAUCAAGGAUAAGCUACUAGAGUCAGAAGAGAAAAUGCUAUACAUCAUCCCUCCUCAAAUUAAGCCUCUUUCCAAGGGUGAAGUCCUUGGUUGUACAUCUGAGAGGUUGGAUAAAGAGCAGAUUGAUGCUAUGGUAUAUGUGGGUGAUGGUCGGUUCCAUCUAGAGUCUGCUAUGAUUCAUAACCCAGAAAUUCCGGCUUAUAGAUAUGAUCCAUAUAGUAGAAAGUUCACCAGAGAGAGGUAUGACCAAAAGCAGCUCGUAGAAGUUAGAGCAUCAGCAAUAGACCAGGCACGCAGUUCCAAAAAAGUUGGGUUAAUUUUAGGCGCAUUAGGAAGACAAGGUAACCUAGCAACAGUUGAGAAUUUGGAACAGAAGCUAAAAGAUUCUGGAAGAACUGUAGUAAAGAUAAUUCUCAGUGAGAUUUUCCCCCAGAAACUUGCCAUGUUUGACGAUAUUGAUGCAUUUGUUCAAGUUGCUUGUCCCAGAUUGUCGAUAGAUUGGGGAUACGCUUUUAACAAACCUUUGCUCACUCCAUAUGAAGCAAACAUCAUGCUUGAAAACGACAGGAUGUUUAACGAAAAAUAUUAUCCAAUGGAUUAUUAUCAUGUAGAUGGUUAUGGUAGAGGUAAAGUACCUAAUCAUGACAAUGUAACUAUUUAA